AAAGCAAAAAACCAGAGUGCUAAAUUAUGGGAAGAGUUAGGGGGUAAAAGUUAAAAAGUUAAAAGUUACGCAGUUAAAACGAAUCCGAGUAAAAGAGAGUGAUAGGGUUUAAGGUUUUAAAAGAAGAAGAGUCUAUAUUUCACUAAAAAAGGAUCAUAACGACGGAGAUCUGAACGGAGAGCUGAGAGUGAAAUGGCGAUCAAAGCGGGAAAGGUUCUGAGAACGGCGUCGGCUGCCUCCAGGAAGAUCUUAGCAUCACAGCCGGCUCCUCCAGCCGUAUCAUCGCUGGCUCCAGCCGGUGUGACUUCAUCUUCCCCUGUAGGAGCAUUUCUGGGUAUUGUCGACGCUCCUCGCUCCACCACCGAUAUGUUGAUCUCCAAGUACAUCAGACUCUCCCAGAACCGGUUGACGAAGAAGGGUGAUUUCACAGAGGAGAAGCUAAUGACGAUGUUGUCUGGUAACGUCGGCAUCAGCGAGACUGUCAAGUUACUCGAUGGCCGCAAAACUAGCGCUGAUUUUUCUUCUCCGAAGUUAACCAACAUCCCAUCCAUUGCCAAGCCCAAGAAAAAGAAAUAAAUAAAAUUCCUCUGUUUCUUCAUUUUUCUUUAAACGAAUCAUAUAAAGCUUCAAGCUUUUGCAUUUCUACUUUUGCAAGUUUGUUUCUUUUUGAGUUUCAAGCUGUUUGCUGAAAAUAUGGAUUUAUUAUGCAUUCCCUCGAAAGAUAGUUUUUGGUUGUUGUUAUCAACUGUAUCGAGACAUUCUCUGAAUGAGUAAUAACAUUGAGAAGAAUAUGUUUCUGUCA